AUGAAUAUUAAGAAGCUCAAACGGGAACAGAGAGAAGUUAAAUUUAAACAUAGAUUUUCCAUGAGAAAAAGAAAAUCUAUUCUGUUACUGGAGUUGGUUAAGUAUAUUUAUCAGUCAAGGAAUUUUACUGGAAACUACUGGUUCUUUGAUAACGACGUUGAUAUUGAUUAUUGGUUGUCUCUUGUAGAAACCCACACUAUAAGAAAUGUUAUGAGAACAAUGUCCAUCAUAUGGUACAGCAUAACUUUAAUUUUGGGGACAGUUGGGAAUAGUUUGGUCAUCUGGAUUGCCGGCUUCAAGAUGAAGACAGUCAGUGCCGUGUGGUUCCUAAACUUGGCUUUUGCUGAUUUUGUCACAUGUGUUUCUCUCCCUCUACGUAUAUCUGAGUGGGCUUUGUAUUGGGAAAUUCCUUAUGAUCACUUCCUAUGUAAGGCUGGUAUAACGAUUCUCUUAAUAAACAUGUUAACUAGUGUCUAUUUCAUGACCGUCAUCAGCAUUGAUCGAUGUGUUUCCGUUUUUUGGCCAAUUUGGACCAAAAUACACAGGACGCCCAGGUUAGCCACCAUCAUAGCUGUACUGGUUUGGUUGCUGUGUCUACUUACUAGUGUCCCUCACCUGGUGUUUAACUAUGGGAUUGAGGAUGUCACAGAGUGUUUUCCUAAAUAUCAAUAUAUUUUAGAAGCCAAUGUGGAAAAAAAGAAAAAGGCAAUGUUUAUCACAAGAAAUAUCUUUAUGUUUGCAUUUCCAUUUGCCAUCAUCCUAAUAUCAUAUGGCCUGAUUUUAUUUAAGAUAAGAGCACUCAGAAAAACAAAUCGGUCUCACAGAUCUUUCCGAGUUAUCACCGCUGUCAUAGUAUGCUUCUUCAUCUGCUGGUUUCCAUAUAACACAUGGCCAUUAAUAACUCUAAAGCUAAAAUACCAGCGAAUUGAUAUUGUUAUUACAGAAGUUACAGUCUGCUUGGCUUACUUCAGCAGCUGCAUCAACCCCUUACUCUAUGUCUUCUUUUCCCAUGACUUCAAGAAAAACUUUGUAAAGUCCAUACCAGCCGUGUUGGAAAAUGCUUUAAAUGAAUGUUCUGAUGAUAAUUGUAUGGACAACAAUGCCACCAUGUCUCCAUCUCUAAAUUUGGAUUCAUCAUCUUUAUAA